GUGCGCGCACUCUCAGAUCGCGUCCACCGCGUUGGGCCUGUAGCGCAGGCGCUGAGGGGAGGCCGCGUGGGGCGAAGGCGGCGCUUGUCCGGAUUUAUCUUGGGAUCCCAUGGCUUUCUUUACUGGGCUCUGGGGCCCCUUCACCUUUGUACGCAGAGCACUGAUCCAUCGCUGUUUCAGCACCACUGGGAGCCUGAGUGCGAUUCAGAAGAUGACGCGGGUACGAGUGGUGGACAACAGUGCCCUGGGGAACAGCCCAUACCAUCGGGCUCCUCGCUGCAUCCACGUCUAUAACAAGAAUGGGGUGGGCAAGGUGGGCGACCGGAUACUCCUGGCCAUCAGGGGACAGAAGAAAAAGGCGCUCAUUGUGGGGCAUCGCAUGCCUGGCCCCCGAAUGACUCCCAGGUUCGACUCCAACAACGUGGUACUCAUUGAGGACAACGGGAACCCUGUGGGGACCCGAAUUAAGAUACCUAUCCCCACCAGCCUGCGCAAGCGGGAAGGCGAAUAUUCCAAGGUGCUGGCCAUUGCUCAGAACUUUGUGUGAGUUGAGCCCAGGCCUCUGGUUGCAUGAGGGUUUGUGAAUGGCACAGUUCCAAGAACCACACUUUUGCUAAGGGAGCUUGGGAGCCACAUGGCUGCUCCCUUCACACUGGGUAACAGUGUCCUGUGAGAGAAUAAAUAUAUUAAUUUAUGUUCUUCCAGAGCUUUCUGGGAUGUAGUGGGAAAGUAAAUGACACUGGAGCAGUU